CUAUACCCUCGCCCGCCAUGCUAAAAUCUCCAUUCUUUUUACUCUCUCUAGCUGGUCUCUGGUCUUAUGCUCAGGCGGUUACCGUCUAUGGCCAGCAGGGGAUGACAAUUCCUGCUGCUGCUGCGGGAACGUCCACCACCGAUGCGGCAGCAGCGGCGACUUCAGCUUCCUCAACAAGCUGGAUCUCCAACCUGGCCGCAUACAACAAUGUCACCCUAACACCUCCCGCGCUGCCCUCACCAAUGCCAAGCACGAAUUUCCCCAUUACCGUGCUCAGUAACGCCAACAGCGUGAAUGGACUUUCGGUGCCCCAGAAGGCGAACUUCCUCGGGUUCUCCAUCGAAAUGUCCGUGGUCCAACAAGUUAUCGGGAAGAACGCGUCCUUCAUCCAAGUCCCCUUCCUCAACCUCCUCGCAACUAUCGCCGACAGGGCGGGUAGCGUCAUCGUCCGAGUGGGUGGUAACACUCAGGAGACCGCGACUCUCGUCGACAGCUUGCCAAACAACACGAUGAUUGCCAAGGACAAGGAGAACGCGAGCAACCCGACCGAUACUCCGAUCCUAGAUUUCACAGCUGAGAUGCUGUAUCUUCUUGCGAACGUGUCGGCGCUGGUCAACGCCAAGUGGUACCUUGGCAUCCCGUUCAACGACACCACCAACUUGCGGCUGCAGAUUGCGGAAGCGGCAGAAACUAUUCUUGGCGAUAAUGUCCUGGCCUUCCAGCUCGGCAACGAACCGGAUCUUUACGCCGAUCACGACCACCGACCUGUCGGGUACAACCAGACAGACUACUUCAAUGAAUUCGGCGUUGUCGUCCAGGCGAUUGAGAACGACGCCAAUAUCAAGAGCCGCGGCAACCUAGUCGCCCCCAGCUUGCAGGGCACUUGGUCGAUGGAGUCGGUGUACGCCACCGGCUUCCUCACCACCUACGGAGACUCGAUCAGCAUCGUCUCCGUUGAGCACUACCCUGACAACAAUUGCGCUGCUGCCUUCCCCGACGCUGGUUUCGGUGACCCCGUGAACCCUCAGGACGUUUUCGCGAACUACCUCAACCACGGAAGCGGCCAGGGUCUCGUCAGCCCAUACCUCAGCGCGAUCCCUGCAGCGCAAGCGGCCGGCAAGCAGUUCAUGAUGUUCGAGACGAACACUGCGUCUUGCGGUGGUUUCCCUGGUGUCAGUGACAGUUUCGGUUCCGCGCUGUGGGGCGUCGACUACGGUCUUCAAAUGGCGUACGGCAACUUCACUGGCGCUCUUCUGCACGUUGGUGGUCAAGAUGUGUCCUACAACCCUUUCACGCCCCCGCCCACCAACUUGUCGUCGGUGAACGGAUGGACCGUCGGCCCGACCUUCUACUCUUCCCUCGUCAUUGCCGAAGCGCUCGGCAAGACCAACACUUCCCGCGUCUUGGACCUGUUCUCGAACAGCGCCAGCACGUACACUCCGGGCUACGCCAUCUACGAGAACGACGCUAUCGCCCGUCUCGUGCUGAUCAACUUCAUGUCGGAGCAGGAUGGCCAGGGUGCUUACACCACGACGAUCUCGGUAGGUGGCGGCGACACCGGGGAGGCGAACGGAACGCCCGCGCAGGUUAAGGUCAAGUACCUCCUCGCUCCGACUGUCGCCGAGAAGAACAACAUCACCUGGGCCAACCAGACUUUCGGCGGCCGCUUCGAGGCUGACGGCCGUCUGACUGGCACUGAGGUCAUUGAGACGGUCAACUGCGACACCACCGCAAACACCUGCUUGAUUACCGUGCCCGCACCCGGCGUCGCGCUCGUGUACCUCUCCUCGGACGCACAGGCGGCGGUUGACCCGACGGCAACGGCUACGUUCGCCACCACCGCGGUCACGAAGACGGCAAACACGGUGACAAUCGACGCCAGCGUACUCGCGACGAGCAACGGCCAGAGCGGCUCUGGCCGCUCACUCUCAAGCACGAGCAAGGGCAGUAGCGGCGCGGGACGCACAGUCGCACCCGGCCUCACGCUGCUCGCGAUGGUCAUCACCGGCGCAUCCGUUCUCGCGGCAGCAGCAUGGCGGUAGCCCCUCCCCGCACCUUCCUCAUAAUGUUUAACCUCUGCGGUUUGGUUAGACUGGACUGUAUCUAUUACUUUGGACGCUGGCGGGCGAUGGUGCCGGCGCCGUUGGACUCUUCUAGGCCACGAGCAUACGAUGAUUGGAGUGUAGAGGUACCGCAGUAUCUGCUCUCUUAAUGUUACUGAUUUCCUCUGUAACGCCGUCGCGGAGCGUCGUGGCGCAGCGCGUCGUCACUGUCCCUCAUCACUGUCCUUGGCACGGCUGACAAGGUACGGAAGCCAUCUCGAGUUAGAGCCUGAAAACCCUUGCGAUAGGCUUACAAGCAAUCAAAUCUUUGACCAAACUUGCGGC